ACUUUGUUCCGGUUUUCCGAAGAAAUAGGAUGGAAACUUAGACGGUUGUUCUGAACUCACUGUGAACAUGGAGUCCACGUACUGGCUACUUGCGGUUGCGGUGGUGAUGUCGAUGUCCUACGUUUCUGUUGAAGGCACUCCGGGUUCUAACUGUACAGGCAAUGCAGACAUUUGCGCUGACAAUGAGACAUGUUCUGACCCAACAUGUGUAACUAGAGAAUACAACGAUGGUUGCCUAUUUCCCGAUAAGUGUCUUUUGGGGCUUAUACGUUAUUCGGACACCUGUAAAACAUCCAUGAAAUGUGUCUGCGUGACCAUAUUCUCCGUGUAUGUGAACAUUUUCAGCAAAGGAUCCUGUAAAACGGGGAAAUUGGGAGACAAGGGCGUCUGUGACAACACUACAGGCAAAUGUGCCUGCACUACAGGUUACUCGUGGGAGGCGGAGAAAUGCAAAGCCAAUGGAUACGGCCAUGCUUGCACUGCCAACGAGGACUGUAAAUCGGGGAAUUUAGGAGACAAGGGCGUCUGUGACACCACCACUAGGAAAUGUGCCUGCAUAACAGGUUACUCGUGGGAGGCGGAGAAAUGCGCAGCCAAUGGACACGACCAUGCUUGCACUGCCAACGAGGACUGUAAAUCGGGGAAUUUAGGAGACAAGGGCGUCUGUGACACCACCACUAGCAAAUGUGCCUGCAUAACAGGUUACUCGUGGGAGGCGGAGAAAUGCGCAACCAAUGGACACGACCAUGCUUGCACUGCCAACGAGGACUGUAAAUCGGGGAAUUUAGGAGACAAGGGCGUCUGUGACACCACCAAUAGCAAAUGUGCCUGCAUAACAGGUUACUCGUGGGAGGCGGAGAAAUGCGCAGCCAAUGGAUACAACCAUACUUGCAGCAAUGAGAAUGACUGUCAGUCAGGGAAUUUAGGAGACAAGGGUGUCUGUGACAACACCACUAAGAUGUGUGACUGCAAUGACAGCUACUCCUGGAAAGGGGACAACUGCACAGCCAAUGGGUACAACGAUACUUGCAAUACCACUCCGGACUGUCAACUAGGGAGUUUAGGAGAGAAUGGCACCUGUAACAUCGCCACCAAGAUGUGUCACUGCAAGGACGGCUUCUUCUGGGAAGUGGAUAUGUGCAAAGCUAAUGGUGCGGCAGAUGUGAUCAUAUCUAUGACGCUGAUGCUAGGAGCCUUCUUCUACAAGAAGAUAGUUUAGGACCAGACACCUUCCAAAUGCAAUACCACGGAAUAACGAUCAUCUACAAAGAACUCAAAUAAAAUCUAGGAUAUACAAUUAGAAAUGCUUAUCAGUUUUAAUAAUAAUGUUUUUAAUUGUUAUAAAGUUAAUUUGGAUUGACAAUUUGAAAUAAUUUAACAAUUAUAAUUUUGAAUAUCGCUUUUUUAUGUACUAAACAAUAACAUAAACGCUCACUCCAUUAACCUGAGAGAUAUAUGCAUACACCUGGUAUAAUACCUCCAUACAUUUACUUUAAUGACUGUUUCCUUAGUCCUUGUAAACAUUUACUUUAUGUCCAGAAUAAAUGAUGUAAGUACACAUGAUAUAAAAAUGAUGACCAACAUACAACAAAGUGUUCAAAGUUCGAUAAAAUGUACCAUAUACUCAAACCUACUAAAUGUUUAUCUAACUCUGUCAAUGGUUUUAUGAUCUUUCCACUUAUUGUGGAAAGGGAGACUUUAAAUAUUGACAUUUUAUAAUAUGUUAACCAUAUUUGUUAUUUGUAUGUAAAUAAAACGUG